CAUGGCGAAGGAGUCGUGAUGGGUGUCCGUUAUUGAACUCAUUGAACUUCUCGUGUAUACGUUAUUAUUUUUUUUUUAGUUUAUUUAGAUUCACAUUGUCGCAUGUCGCUGGAAACGGACAGACCAUGUAACGAAACUCAGCCGGUACUGCGCUUCAACCGUGCUGCCAGCUUAUACGUGAAGCGCCGUCAUGAGCUGGUUGCGAGCCAGCCUGCGUCGAAGCAGGCCACCCAUACUACGCAAUGUGGAGCCCGAGACUGUCAUCGAGGCCUUCAGGAUGCACUGGCUUCGUGCCCUCGAAGUCAUCGAGAAGUCGAGUGGUGGCACAGUCGUGCCCACUGCUGAUGACAUCACAGGUGUGCUCAACCAUUUGGACCAGAUGGUCAACUUUCUAAUUGACGAGGCCACAAGCACUGAAGCAUCCAUACCAAAUGGAGGAAUGUCCCCAUCAUCUGUGGGGCCCAUACUGGACUACAUGCUUAUGGAAGGUGUUCUGGAUCGGCUGUUCCAGUGGUCCCUGUACACUGGGGAGUUCCUUUCAAACCUCAAGUUGGAGCAACUGAGGAUAUACGAGGUUCUCGUGAGUCACUCCCAUCAUGAGCUGCUGCUGCAGCAGCCCUUCCUGCGGCCCCUGCUGCAUCUGCUGGCCUCGUGCACCGAUUGUGCCCCACUUGAGGUCGAGAAGCGCCUGGUGGUGUUGCUCAACACGCUCUGUGUCAGCCUCUCUCAGCAUCCAGACCUGCUGGAGGUCUUCUUCAGUGCCAGCUCCAACCAAGGGCCCGCCAGUUCGACUCUGCGAUUCCACUUUUGCACGACCGGCGAAUGUUUCGACAACUUGCCCGCUCCAAUGCUCACAGGGACUCCUACAGGGGGGUUUCUCAUCUUCUCCCUGCUGAUUCCUUUUGUUCAUCGAGAAGGUGCUAUUGGCCAGCAGGCUCGAGAUGCGCUACUCCUAUGCAUGGCUCUGUCACAAAAAAAUGAAAGCAUUGGUCUCUACAUUGCAGAGAACUCAAACUUCUGCCCGGUCUUGGCCACCGGGUUGAGUGGCCUCUACUCAGUGCUACCGCGAAAGCUGACAAUAGUUGCGGAUGACUGGUACCGCCUCACUCAUGAGGACAUUCAGGAGUUCCCAGAGCUCACCAUGUUCCUCAACUCCCUAGAGUUCUGCAAUGCAGUGAUUCAGGUGUCUCAUGCAAUGGUUCAAGAGCAGCUUCUAGAGUACAUCUACCAGGGAUUCCUCAUACCGGUCAUGGGGCCUGCUCUGCACCAGGAUACUGCGGAUAUAGAUGUUGACACUCUUGAGGGCUGCACCAUAUUUGCGAACACACUGGAGGAAAUAGUCACUGCAACGGCAUACCUGGACCUCUUUUUGAGGACAGUCACAGAGCCCCAGCUACUGUUGGUGUUCUUCAAGUUCCUGAUUACCGAGAGCUAUGAAAGCCACAGGAUUCUCAACACACUCAUAAACCGCAUUGGAGGACACUCUCGACUGUGCUUGGUGACGAUGGCACUUUUUAGAACACUGCUCGAUUUUAACUGCGAAGACAUCAUGUUGGAGCUUGUGCUCAAGUACCUGGUUCCCUGUUCCCACGUGAUGGUGAGCCAGAGGAGUCGCGUCUGUGACAUCGAUCUUUACAGCUGUGCCGCUGAAAAGUUUCUCUCCCUCAUUCCUGCUUGCUGUACUGGCAUAAGUGCCGAGGAGGCCCAGCUACCGCUCCUGCGUGAUGGAUUUCCCGUGGAGAGAGUGAUGCACGGUGGAAGCCUCCAGAUACGCAGCCGCCGCCCCCGCCGCUCUUUCUCAGGGGUCCUGGGCAGCUACGAAUCAGGAGACAUGCCACGGUCCUUCACUGCUGUGCUCAACGGCACCCAGCAGCCUCCGUCAGUGGCACAUACUGGCUAUCACUUGUACCUCGCGGAUGCGCGUCAAGGGGUGCGCCUUACUAGGCGGGCAUGCUCAGGUUGGUCCUCGUCUUACGAUGAGGCAUCAUCAUCGGUGGAUCUCAAUGGGGCCGCAGUUGCUCUGGACACUAAGACAGAAGAUGCCUCUGCUGAGGAGAGCUCGGUGUCUGCGGGGGACUCUGGAAUCUUUGUAACGCGAGAAGCUGCCAAUAAGGGUGGCUUCGAGGCAUUUGGAAGCCCCAACAUCGGCCCAUUCCUGAGCAUCUUGUUGGCCCGGCUGGAGAUGAUGCCACAGAACAGCGUCUACAUCAACCUACAGCUGACGGCACUCAUUGCACGGCUGGCCCUGUACCCUCAGCCCUUGCUGCGAUCGUUCCUCCUGAGCCAUUCACUUGUGUUUCAGCCAAGUGUCCGGUCACUUUUUCAGGUUCUUGGCUCUCUGAAGCACAAAGUGGACAGCUACUCCUACACACUGCACAACUUUGAUGAGCUGCUUGCAAGGGCUAGGAUCUUUUUUGCUGUCAGGGAAGAGAGGCUACUGGCAGACACGCCUCACAGGCUAUAUGGUGACCAAACUGCAGUGCGUCGAAGCCAGAGCUUUGCUGCAGAGUUCUCUAGAGGGGAGUCAAAACGGAGAAGCCUUGGAAGUUUCUUUCGAAGAACAGGCCUGCCAAAGACAAACCCUGUUCUCGUUGAAACAGGUGGUGAGGAGAAAAGCUACAGGUUCAUAGCAAGGCCAUACCCAAGUGAGUUCACAGAAGAAGGUACCAGACUGGAGUCCAUCAAAACUCAAAAUGCGGUGUUGGCAGCUGUGGUGCUGGAGGAGUUCCUGAAGGAGCUCGCUGCCAUCAGCCAAGAGCACGCCAUCCAGCAGCUUGCCUCAUGACAUCGUGUGACAUGACAUACCCAUUGUCAUUGGGGUGGAUUCCUCCACAAUGAACCAGCACCGAGAUUCUUUGUAUAGCGUUUGUGCAAGCUCCAUUGUGUGUGUGUGUGCGUGCAUGCAUGCUUCCUGUACCAUACUGAUGCUAGGUCUGUAUAGAUAGAGUAUUUUAUGGCGAGAGCCUCAUUGUUGUGAGUUAGCGUCUGGGUUCUGUGGUUUUUAAUUUCAAUGCUGUUUGGUGUGCAUCACAUCUUCAGAGAGCCCCCAGAAGAGUUGAAUGAGAGAAUGGCAGUGCUAGCCACCUUGGCAUUCCCCUGGCAAUUCUGAAACGUUAGGAGCCUUCUUCAUUUGGCCAGCAUAGUUUUAAGAGCUUUGUUUUUCCUGCACUCAAGAAUCGGCAAGGUAAAGAGGAUAGUACAAAAGAUAACAUUGUAAAUAUGCAGUGUUGCAGGAAAGAUGCAGCGUUUUGUUGCAGGGAACUGCAAAAUUUAGAUCUGCUAGUGGAAGCCAUAGUGAACUGCAUAAUGGUGUAGGGGAAGGUGCAAUGUUGUUGACCUGUUUGUUGUCCUUCCCAACAGCAAACUGGCAUAGUUUGCAGUUUGCGUUUCAAUGUAGCUCUGAAAACUUGUGCAGAAGCUAGCACUGCCACCGUCCUUGGUGUUCUGGCAUCUUCUGGUUAUGUAGUACCACCAUUGUCACCACCAUCAUCAUUUAGCGGUCAGUUUUGAAGCAAUGGGCGUGCACAAUGAGUUAUAUUUUCCUGUGCAGCUUCAGAUUUUUAGUGUUGAAUACGAAGUUUUAUGUCUUUUUUUUUUUUCUUGUUGUUUGCUUUCAAAGCUUAGAAUACAGCUGCUUGUAUUUGAGGAGUCCUCUCAGAGUUGGGCUUUACUAGCACUUUUUUAUCAGCAAACUACAUAUUAUUGUGACAUUAUGUACACUAUCCUUAAUGCACUAGAAUUUCUUCCGACAGGUCUUGACUGUCUCUUCUUCUUCUUUUCUAUGCAGUCACUAUUUCAAGGGCCAAGAUCUCAGUAAUGUUCAAAUGCUUUAAUGUUUCAAUGUUUCGACUGCAUGCCAAGAAUUCUUGGCCCCUUAUUUACUUUUUUUAGCAGCACUGUCACACUUGUUGGCUUUCAGGGUUAUAUGUUCUGCAAAGCAUCAAAAUGCUUGUGCCAGAUAAAUGAAAUAUGUGAGUAGCUGGUUAUAAAUGUGCCAGUCAUUAAUUGUAGCAAUGCUCAUAAUUUUGUGGGUCAAGUGUUCUUCAAACUGCACUGCAGUUCCUGAAUUAGACCUACCAUUAAUGUUUUAAUGCGUGCAAAUGUAUUGUCCAAGGGCCAUAAUUCCUUUCCUUCAAUCCUGUCCUUUUCUUAUCAUCUGUCAUGCAAAGUGGCCAAACUCAGCAUGGCAGUGGUGAAAGAUAAUGGUGAAAGGUCGAAAGAAUGGAUAAAGAAAAGAAACAUUACAAAGUCUAGGCCCUGUUUGCAAGGCCACUUAUUUUACGUCAUUUCGGACAUGGAUGUCACAAGUCAUUACCAUAAAUGCUCUUUUGCAUGUAAGCUACUGAAACUGCACUUGCCUUUUCUGGGUAACAGGAAUUGCAUAAGCUGUACAUUUUUGCUUCUAAAAAAAAAAAAAAAAAAAACUUAGAAAGAAAAGAACAGCACAUGGCAAAUAUACAAAUUCCACCAUUGCAGCUGGAUUCCAUGGUUAGGUGUAUUAGCAUACCAUUAGGAGCAACCUGUUGUUGACAACUUGAAUAAAUUUUAGUAACUAAUAGUUAAGGUUAUAUUUGUGGCAAGGCUGUACGUUAACAUCUGUGUCACUAAAUUUUGCCAUGUGCCUGCCCCAUUUUGCAAAUAAGCACCAAAUUCUCUUAUAUGGACAUGUCAUGUAAGCGGGGCAACAUUUGUGUUGCAGCAUGUGACACAUUAUCACAAUGCAUUGGAGCUGACAGUUAUUAAAUUUUCAUUGGCAGGCCAGCUAAAAGAAUGAACACAGCUGGUCUGGCAUGUCAAAUUCAGGAAGGGCAUCAGUCGGAAGAGAGAAAUAUGCAGGCAGUGUAUUCUAUUGGUCCCAACCUGUGGGGCUGAAACUUGGGAGAAUAGCAAAGAAGCUAGAGAAGGGACUAAGGACUGCGUGACAAGUGACAGAACGAGAAACGGCAAGACAUCUGUAUCGAUUCGAGAGAAAACAAGUGUAGCUGACAUUCUGUGCUUUGUUUCAUACGUAGCAGGCAACAACACCGCAGAUGUUAAAGAGACUUUUCGCGCCAUCUGCAUACAUGACCAAAAAAAAUAGUGUGUGCCACAUGAAAGCCCCAAACAUAGCCAUGGUAUGUGAUUUGGCAUGAAGUCGCCUUUAUAAUUUGCAGCUACAAUUGGGAAGAAAUUAUUAUGUAAAAGACAUAAAAUAUAUGGAUCUGUUCACUUUAAAACAAGCGGAAUGACUCGGUAUGACCGAACUCUUUGCACAGCCUCCACAGUGCACUGCUUGCAUUUGCGACCAAAUAGUGCAACACAUACUGGUAGCAAAUGUGUGCAAAAUGAUGUGAUUGUAGAAUUCUGAUUGUAGAAAUGUAUAACACUGUGAUUUGACACAGAAUUAGGCAUAAGGUCGCAGGUUUGAUUCCUGGCUGUGGUAGUCGUAUUUCAUUGGUGAUUAAAUGCAAAAAUGCCCGUAUAUACUUUGGUUUAGGUGCACAUUAAAGUAUACCACGUGUACAAAGUUAAUCCGGAGCCCUCCACUGCAAUGUCUCGUAGCCCCAGUGUUGAUUUGGGAGUGUAGUGGUCAUCACUAGGUGGUAGCUAAAGAUGAAGGAAAAGAAGUGAGGUGGCACAGAAAUAUGUGCAGGAGCAACAUCAUCACAUGGUUCCAGUAAAAAUGUUCCAUGCCGAUUCUCGGUUCUCAUCUCUGCCUUGCCCUGUCAUAGCUACAGGACGUUAAACCACAUGAAUCAAUCAAAUCAACGCAGUAAUAGUUCCAUCUGCUGUACUUCUAAUAUAUGAAAGAGCAGUUCAGAAUAAGACAUAGCAGAUAAAGCAUAGCACUAUGAAACCUGCAGAGUGAUACAGUUCUACAGCUGCACUACUUCAGUAGCUUAGGCAGCAUUGCUUGCCAAGUGUGAAACAGGGAAUGGUUGAAAUUAAGAUAAAGAUGUGGAGUUAGGCCGGUUGCCUAAUGCUUAGAGCAGAUAACCGGUGGUCUGUUAUGAGUUACAGAACUGAUGUUGAGGAAAAGUAAACAUAGUCAAGUGUGACAGAGCAUUAAGUGGAUUGAUGAGUUUAGGACAUAUGCAGGCAUAAGGUGGGUUUUGUUGACACACAGCAAAGGUGAUUGGAGACCUCUUGGAGGCACCAUAUGCUAAACUCAGUCAUUGAAAAGGCUAACUUGACCACCUAUCAAUCUUUCUGUAUUUAUAAUUGAGUGUGCUGUGCUACGCAUAGCUGUGCCUUUAACAUUGUCAGUGGAGGUGUUAGCAGACAUUGUUUCUCCAUCUUCACAGUGUUUCACAAUUCUAAAACACUGCACAUCUCAUGCAUGAAUGUGUCAUAACCGCUGAAGCACUCUUACUGCUGGAUUUGCUUUGUAGUGGGUGUUUUACCUGUCGAAUUGCUCACAAGCAGGUGUUCUGAAGUGUAGAAUAUUUUAAUGGUAAGUUCUGUUUUAAAUAAAUGACAAGCAGUUGACAAUACUGUUUAAGUGGUAGCUGUUGUGGUAUAGCUUUGUUCUAUUAUGACUUGGGGACUAUAUUUUUCUCCUUGUAAAGAAACGCAGUAUAGUUCAGAAAUGUGUACAGUGCAGCUGUUUGUGUGAAAACACAAGCAACAAGUUAUUUUGCUGUGAUGGUUGGAUGGCAGGCGUCAUUACAUAUGUUACCAUAGGAGUGCGCGAAACUAACAAGAUAGCUCAAUUUGUGUCAUCAUGCUUGUCACGAUUUGACAAGUAUGGCUAGUAGCAUGUUUAGUUGGGCUAGUUGGUUAAGUUCCAUACUGCAAACAGCAUGAAAGGUGGGUGGGCGAGAUGACAGCACGCACUGUUAUAACGCUUUGCAUGCACUCCCAUUUCAUGCCUUUCAGCUGCUUGCAUCAUGCUGCCUUGCUGAUAUCUGUGACUACGAUAAUUGCUUUCAUAUAGGUUUUCUUUAGUGUUCAGAUUUUCCGUUCCAUUAUGUUUUGCAGAGUGCAUGCAAAACCUUCAAUAGUCAAUCUAAGCCUGUGUCAUCUCGCUUGUCCGUGUCUUUCAUGCUGUUCACAGUAUAAAGUAUGGCUACUUCUGUUUGCAAUGUAAAAUAUAUGUAGAAAUCUACAGUGUGUGCAAGCCUAUUGUACAUAGAGGUUAGAUUGCCCAUUUUCCCCUCUGCAUUCCCAAACGUUAAAAAAAUUGUGAUAUAUUGAAAGAUGAGUUGUUAUUGAGAUAUACAAGGCAAAUUCUGCAUCACUUCUCUAAGCCCUGAUUGUUCAUAUUAUGAAAGCAGUUUUUGAUAGUUUUGCAAUUCCUAGGAGCUAUUUAUUUAGGCGAUGUCUGCCAUUUUCUUUAUAUACUUUGUUGGAUCAAGUUGGCUUAUCACGUUGCUGGCAGAAUUUUAUUUCCGUUUCCUCCGUGCUUCUUUAAGCUUUCUAGCAGCUCAACUACCAGCUGUUGCCAUGAGAACAAUUGUAAAGCUUCUCUGGGUAGAGGUCACGGGAUCGCUAAUCCUGCUAGCAGUCUAGACACAAACAGCACUUAGUGGUAUUUGGAGUCAGUGUCAUGAUAACAGGAGAACCCGAGAAAUCAAUAAACACAAAAAAUAAAAACACCCAGUUGCCUCUAUGCUUGAUAAGUUAGCUGACUGCUUGGUUCAGCUCAUGGAGUUUUAUGUAACAAUUACAAUUUUAUGUUGUCUGUGGGAACCAUCAGUACAGCAGUUCAUCAGAAUGAUGGGUAGCGUAUGGCUCAUUAGUAGAGUCAGUCUUCACCGUCCUCGUGUGUCUGCUUACAUUAUUCUUUUUGAAGCUAGUUUGUUGUCGCAGAGUCAACACACUGCAGUGAUAAACCUCUUGAAACAAUCUUUAGCUGCUUUCAGAGUUACUCCCGGUGAGCGUGUUUCUAGUUUUACCCAGAUUUAGAAACACAGAUGCAUGUACUUUGUUUUGACAUGCUGAAAACUGUCGGAUAAUCAAACAGUUCUCAGCUUCGAAGCAUUUAGCUGCUGUGAAAGAAAAUUUGCAAUGCAAGGGAAACAUGAUUUGAACAUAAUAAAAGCCUUAAGAGAAUUCUCAACCAAGUAAAAUCAAACCACUGUCCAUGGUUGAUGCCCCCUGAUGAUAAUUGGAAUUCUGUGGUUCUGCCCACCUGCCGAACUUGGUGAGAUAUACAAAGUGGUAUAUCCCUGCAGACUGUUUGCAACAGCCUUUGUUGUACAUAGUGUUCAAGAAUUUGUUGCAUUAAGUAGCACAAGGCAACUUUUUCUUUGUUUUCAUAAGAGCAUAUGCAAUGUGUGUGUGCUUGCACACUUGCUGUAGGCACAUAUGUAAAUUUUGUGAUGCCUCAGCUGUGUUUUUACUUGCUCCACCUCUUGGCUUGGAUAUGUGCUAGUUGCUUUAGCGGUUUUUAGAGUUGGCCACACCAUUACUUUUCUCUGGUUGGAUUUGCACAAGGCACCAUGUGCCAAGGUUCAUCAACAUUGGGUAUUUUGUUGCAGCAUGCAAACAGUGUAGAUAAGCUGCUCAUUCACACAUGGAUCUAAUAAAGGCAUACGAACACCAG